AUGCGUCUCCGUCUACGUCGCUUCCCAUGCCGAAGACUCCGGGUGGGCCGCUCCUCCCUCACAGCCCAGCCCCACGCUCCCGGGAUUGUGACCGGAGACCUGCACGCGGGUGCUCCGGGCCGGAUGUCCAUCCGAACGGGACCCGCCGCUGCUUUGUGGGGCGUUGCCUCCCUCCUUCUCUUGAACCCGGGCUCCAGCUGCCCUUCCGCCUGCCAGUGCUCAGCCCAGAACCGGACGGUCCGCUGCGACGGCCGUAGGCUGGAGGCCACCCCCCGCGGAGUCCCGGCCGGCACCCGAACGCUGGACCUCAGCCGCAACCUGAUCAGAAGGGUGGGCCGCAGCGACUGGACCCGACCCUCGGCUUGGGCCCGGCGGCUGGAGGAGCUGGACCUUGGCCACAACCUGCUCUCCCAUCUGGACUCCGGCUGCUUCGAAGGCCUCGAUCGCCUUUCGGUCCUCAACUUGCGAGCCAACCGCCUGCGGUACCUGGAGCCGGGGUCCCUACGCGGUCUCCUGGAUCUGAAUUCCCUGGACCUGAGCCUUAACCCGCUGGUGGCCUUGCUGGACCACGGCCUCGCGGGGCCAAGCCAGCUGCGGCUGCUGGCGGUGGGAGCCCCGAGCCUGGUCCACAUCGGGCCCAAUGCGUUCGCCGGACUGGGCGGCCUGCAGCAGCUGACGGUGGCCGGCUCGACGCUGGAGCAGACUCCGGUCGCUGCCCUAGGUCGGCUGGCCAACCUGACCGCACUGCGGCUGCGGAGCCUGCGGGGGCCGAGUUCGGUGCCGGACGGCUGGCUGCGGGACAUGGGCCGGCUGCGGGCCCUGGAGCUGGACGGCUGGCCGGAGCUCAGCGAGCUGGGCAUGGGCAGCCUGCAGGGCCCUAGCCUGGUGUGGCUGUCGGUGACGCGUUGCAACCUGACCGAGGUGCCGUACGCCGCCGUCCGGCUCCAGGCGCAGCUCCGCUUUCUCAACCUUUCCCACAACCCGAUCCGAGUCAUCCGCCCCGCCCUGCUUCACCACGUGUGGCGGCUGCAGGAGUUCCGGCUGGUGGGCGGCCAGCUGGUCACGGUGGCCCUCGGAGCCUUCCGCGGCCUAGCCGGUCUCCGGCUGGUCGACGUGGCGGCCAACCGUCUACCGAGCCUGGAGCAAGGUGUCUUCCGUUCCGUGGCCAGCCUCCAGAGCCUCGGCCUGGGCGACAACCCGCUGGCCUGUGAUUGCCGGCUGCUCUGGAUCAUGCGGCGGCGCCGGCGGCUCUACUUCCUGGGCUCCGAGCCGGUCUGCGCCUCGCCAGCGCUGCUGCGCGGCCGGCGACUGACCAAGCUGGAGGAGCCGCUGCCGGUGGGCGCUUUCCGCUGCCGCAAGCCAGUCAUCCGCAACAAGACGCAACGGCUGCGGGCCCGCGAGGCUCAGACUGUCGGACUGCGCUGCGCCGCGGACGGACAACCACCGCCCGACAUUGUCUGGAUCAACCCUCGACGACAGGUCCUAUUCCCCGGGCCCGGGCCCAUAUCGGGUCCCGGGGCCGGUCGCAGCCGCCUGCUGUCGGACGGCACGCUGCAGAUUAGCGGCGUGCGCCCGACGGACGCCGGCACCUACCGCUGCGUGGCCCGGAACGCCGGCGGCAACGACACGGCCUCGGCCGUGCUGCUGGUGCGCCCGCUCUCGGCUCGGGAGCUGGGGCUGGGCGGCGCCACCCUGGACCCGCACCUCCACCACACGAUCGGGCGCCGCGCCCUGCUGAUCGCUACAAGCCUCGGCCUCAGCUCCUUCCUGGGCGUGGUCAGCGUCUGCUUCUCGCUGCUGCUGAUCUGGAGCCGGAUGUGUGGGCCCAUCAAACACAACACGCACAUCGAAUUCGUGCGGCACGCCCGGGGCGAGGAGGGCGGGGGCGGCGGCGACAGCAAGUUUAACAUGAAGAUGGCUCCAUUUUGUCACCGUGAGCCUAGGCCCCGUUGGCAUGGCGACGGGAGUGCGCUCCGCUCCGGCGCUACCGAGACACCGAACCACAAGCCCCAGCGGGCCCUGCGAUUGUACGCAAGCGCACUGGAGAAGACCCGACGUAGGUUCCGGGUGCGGUUGAUUGACGGCUGGUCCCGGGAGCUGCGGAAGUCCUUUUAUUAUCAUCUGCCCGACUUGCCCUUCGCCCCUGCCGAAACGGUGACACAGUUUGUUCGGCCAGCCACUGGAGGUCGAAGGCAGUGA